AUGCAGUCCGAGGGUGUGGAAGAAGAAUGUGGAAGUGAACAGUUAGGCCCAGCCACCAACCAACAAAAUAGCUACAAACAACAUAUAUUCAUCAGGAUGUUUCGACACCAGAUAUGUCAAGAAAAACCCACCUCUAUCCAUCGGUCUAUUCCAUCUUUUAUACGAUUGCUUAAUUGCUUUCCUACCGCUUCUUUAAAUCAUUUCCAGCCUAUUUCAAAGUGUUUGAUACGAAGAGAGGCACAAUUUUUUUCAAUAGCAAAAUAUUUUAGAAAUAUAUGCCUCAUGAGAUCCCUGGAUAUUCAUAAGUUGAAUUUGUGUGAAAAAACCAUAUUAGGAGUGGAUUCAUUCAUAAACUGUGCGUUUCUUCCCGUCUGCCUACAAAGACAUUACAACAUAAAAUGCAAUAAAGAACACAUUCAAAGCAAUAAAGUGUUAUUCAAGCCUUUCAGAUGUGCAAACCGUGUUAGUGUUGAAACAUUAUUAGCACUUGUAGAAGGCGUGACAGCAAAACACACCAAUGCCAGUGAGUCAAUCGAAGGCAGAUCUUGUUCAGAAAGAUCCCACCAUAAUGGCAGGGAAGAGUUAUUUAAGGUUAUUUAUUCAGACGGAUUAAAAGCAAUGUGUCUGGAACUUAAGGAAUCACCCACUCACUCUUAUUCAAUACUUCUAAAAUCGCUUUUUUACACACUGGUACAAAAACAGGGAAAUCUUCGUAGAAGAGAGUUAUUAACAAAAUCAGUCAGCAACAUGAACGCUGAUUCUGCCAUUGCGUCUCCUAAUGCUCAGCGAAUUUGUUGGAACAGUUCUACAGCUCUGCACCUAAAUUUGUUCAACAAGCCCAAGAAGGAACAAUUUUUAACAAGUGAAAAAUGCAUUAUUUACAUAAGUCUAAAGAAAAGGUUAACACUAGCGGUUUAUGAUAUAAAAUGGAACAUUAUCCAAACAACCUGCGUCAUUACGUCUAACGACACCGCAGAUUGCACACACCGUCAGAUUUUGGAAAAGAAGCCUAAAAAUACUUUAAAUGUCUCAAUUUUGAAGAAGCCAUUCAAUCCCACAAGCGAAAUACAAAUUUCUUCGAGCUACAAACGACAAAACGAAGACUGGAGACGUCAAAUUUUGGUAAAUUCCGUACAAAACUAUCUCAACAAAAAAUAUGAAACAAGUUUUGAGCUAGACAAGAGUGUAUCCACUUAG